GCGGAUUGAAUUUUAGGUUGUUCCAUCACUUGUAGGUUUCAGUGUCAAACAAUUGUACACGCACUCAAAAAAAAAAAGUUGUGCUUGCCUUUGUUAACGGUUUUUACGGUCUUCCAACUGCUUUGUGAGUUCGCAGCGUCAAAGCCAGAAAAUGAAGUUGAAUAUUGCUUACCCAGCCAGUGGCUGCCAGAAGCUCUUUGAGGUGACCGACGAACACAAGUUGCGCAUUUUCUAUGAUAAGCGCAUGGGUGCUUUGGUUGAAGUCGACAACCUGGGCGAUGAAUGGAAGGGUUAUGUGCUCCGCAUUACGGGCGGAAACGACAAGCAAGGCUUCCCGAUGAAGCAGGGCGUGUUGACCAACACACGCGUGCGUUUGCUGCUGCAGAAGGAUCACUCCUGCUAUCGUCCCCGCCGCGAUGGCGAACGCAAACGCAAGUCUGUGCGUGGCUGCAUUGUGGACGCCAAUAUGUCGGUGCUCUCGCUGGUCAUUGUCAAGAAGGGUGAGGAGGAUAUUCCCGGCUUAACUGAUACCACUAAGCCACGUCGUUUGGGACCGAAACGCGCUAGCAAGAUACGCAAGCUGUAUAAUCUGAGCAAGGAGGACAAUGUCUGCGCCUUUGUGGUUCGUCGUCCGUUGCCGGCCACCGACAAGAAGAAGGCCACCACCAAGGCUCCGAAAAUACAGCGUCUAAUUACUCCAAUUGUUUUGCAACGCAAGCGCAAGUUGGCGGCCAUUAAGAAGAAGCGUCGCCUCGAUUCCAAGACGGCUGCAGCUGAAUAUGCUAAGCUUUUGGCCAUGCGCAAAAAGGAGUCAAAGGCUAAGCGAGAGUCCGACAAGCGUCGUCGCUCGAUCUCGUUGCGCAACUCCAAGUCCUCUGUCGGCUCAUCGACUUCCGCCUAAGUUGCGGCGCUUCUAUCUAACAAACGUACAGUUCCUUAAAACAUACACAAAUGAAUUUCAAAAUGUAGACUUAGUCUCCCACCCACCGAAAACGAAAAUAAAAAUAGUUGUAGUUCGUUCGUUA